UGAAUUCAGGACCACGGUGCAGACGAUUUGGGCAUCAGUGAUUUCCGUAGCGUGUCCUUUUCCCGAUGAUUGGGGGGCAGGGGGUGGGGGGUGAGAUCACCGCCAUCCCUGCCUUUGGACUCCUCUUUUGUCUAUCAUUUAAUUCAAAACAAACGUGACCCAUCUCUCUCUCGAUCAAUUUCAGACGAAAGAAGCAAAUGGUUUUCGUUUUGCUGCACCCGAUAGAGAGAGGGGUAUGUGAAAAGAAGCAUUCACGUGAUCAAGGCAAGCGUCACAGGAAAUACCCAAUAAAGGCAAAGCAUACUUUAGAUGGUUCAACGUAAAAUGCAAAUGUUAUGGCGAAAGGCCGUAGAGUUAGCUUUGGACCUUUCAGCAUUUAGGCCAUCGCCAUCCGGUUCAUGUUCCACGACUGGUUUGCUCUAAAACUCUUAAACCACUUUUCGUCGAUUGUGCAGAGCCUGGUUAUCUUUUUGUUUUUGAUGUUAUCAACUAUAUCAAGUGCUUGUUUUUUCGGCUCAGAGACUUUUUCAUUAACAUGGCUGCCUUUGUUGUAGGGGCUAAACCAAUCCAGCCACCCUUUUCUUUUCUUUUUUAAAGUUUUUUUUUAGCUAUGAGCUGCAUUCAUUGCUUUCUCUGCACUAUAAUUUUCGACUCCAUAGCCAUAUAUCUAUUCAUCUCUCAUCCUCUCCUUUAUCCUUAGGGAGCUGUUAUAAUGUACCUUGUGUUUUGAUUGCUAGACUUUUAAGUUAAUUUGGCGCAAAAUGGCUUCUAUUCUUCGGUUCGGUAAGCUAUGGCAUGUAGAGCCAGCGAAUUGUUCUUCGUUGAUAGUUGGGUCAUUUGAAGCCCCUCAAACUAAUAAGAAGACUGUUGUUUCCACUGUUAAGAAUGCAGCAGAAAAGCCCAAUAAUAGAAAAAGAAGGCAGGCCAAAGAAUGGAAUUGUAUUGAUUCUUGUUGUUGGGUGACUGGUUGUAUCUGCACUUCUUGGUGGAUACUCCUGUUCUUGUACCAAAGUUUGCCGGCCACUCUUCCUGGCUUUCAAGUGCCUGAGCAGCCCGGGGCAAGGCUGAAGCGUGAAGGCUUGACAGCACUACAUCCGGUUGUUUUAGUGCCUGGCAUUGUCACUGGCGGGUUAGAACUUUGGGAAGGCCAGCCGUGUGCGGCAGGUCUGUUCCGUAAGCGCCUCUGGGCUGGUAGCUUUGCUGAAAUCUUUAAGAGGCCUAUGUGUUGGUUGGAGCACCUAAAGUUGCACAGUGAAACCGGGCUUGACCCACCAGGCAUUCGAGUUCGGGCAGUUCCAGGGCUGGUUGCGGCUGAUUAUUUUGCUCCUGGGUAUUAUGUAUGGGCUGUGCUUAUUGAAAAUUUAGCACAAAUUGGUUAUGAGGGGAAGAAUUUGCAUAUGGUUGCUUAUGACUGGAGGCUAUCUUUCCAGAAUACAGAGAUACGAGACCAAGCUCUAAGUAGAUUGAAGAGUGAAAUAGAGCUCAUGUUUGUAACAAAUGGCCACAAGAAAGUGGUAGUUGUGCCUCAUUCUAUGGGGGUUAUCUAUUUCCUCCAUUUCCUUAAGUGGGUUGAGUCACCUCCUCCCAUGGGGGGAGGUGGCGGUCCAGGUUGGUGUGCAAAGCACAUCAAAGCAAUCAUGAACAUAGGCCCAGCAUUUCUUGGUGUUCCAAAAGCAGUUAGUAAUAUACUCUCCACUGAGGGCAAAGAUAUAGCUUUUAUCAGAGCUAUGGCUCCAGGUGUUUUUGAUCCUGAUAUUCUCCCUUUUGAAGCCCCUCACCGCAUCCUGCGGGUAUCACGGACUUGGGAUUCCAUCAUUUCACUGUUGCCAAAAGGAGGAGAGACAAUCUGGGGUAACUUGGAUUGGUCUCCGGAAGAACCUUAUGAUUGUGUUUUGGCAAGGAAAAAAAAUAUGCAGCCUUCUUUGGCUGACAAUAGUAUGAACAACAGCGAUGGGAAGGUAGCAUUUCAAGUGAAGGAGCUUGUAAAAUAUGGAAGAAUAAUCUCUUUCGGCAAGACAGCUUCUCAGUUAGCUUCUCCAAAGCUCCAUACUCUUGAUUCAAAGCAGGAAUGUUUGAAGGCAAAGAUCUCCACUAAUCUCAACACAUCAUGUGAAGAGGUGUGGGCCGAAUAUGACGAGAUGAGAAGGGAAAGUAUUCGGGAUGCUGCAGACAAUAAAGCUUACACGGCUAGAACUCUUCUUGAUCUACUCCGCUUUGUGGCUCCCAAAAUGAUGAGAAGAGCAGAGGCUCACUAUUCUCAUGGAAUUGCUGAGAACUUGGACGAUCCCAAAUACACCCACUACAAAUAUUGGUCCAAUCCACUGGAGUCCAAGUUACCUGAUGCUCCGGAUAUGGAGAUCUACUGUUUAUAUGGGGUUGGAAUUCCUACGGAAAGAUCAUAUGUGUACAAGCUAUCACUGUUGUAUAAGUGCAAGAAUAUUCCUUUCAAGAUUGACACCUCUGCUGACGGGAGUGAGAGCAGCUGCUUGAAGGAUGGAGUUUAUUUUGUGGAUGGUGAUGAGAGCACACCAGUUCUGAGUGCUGGGUUUAUGUGUGCCAAAGGUUGGAGAGGGAGAGGGAGGCGGAGGAGCCGCUUCAAUCCUUCUGCCUCUGCUACAUACAUAAGGGAGUUCCAGCAUGAGCCACCUGCAAGCUUUCUUGAGAGGAGGGGUCAACGGAGUGGUGCUCAUGUCGACAUCAUGGGUAACGUUGCCUUGAUUGAGGAUAUACUGCGUGUUGCUGCUGGUGCCACUGGUGCAGAGUUGGGAGGUGAUAGAAUUUAUUCCAAUAUAAUGAGAAUGUCUAAGAGGAUAAAUCUUCGGCUGUAAUUCCAUUAUUGCCACGAUGAUCUUCAAGGAACUGAGAUCGGCCACAGGGGGUUAAGAACUUAAGAGAGACAGAGAAAGAGGACUAACAACAGAGUUAUAGGAUUAAGAAUCAGCAAAACUGACCAUUUCUCUCAUAACCAUCAUCCAAGAGAAAAAGGCUGUGGAGCUCAUGAAGGCCUUGUUUGUAUUAAAAAAAAAAAAAAAACUCUAAAAGGUGUGAAAAGGGAAAAUAGUUGAGCUGGUUGGAAGCUUAGCUCUUAGCAAAGUGGGAAGUUCCAUUUAGAAAGUUACUGACAUGCUGGUGGCUCAGCUGGUAAAGAGCAUAUGGAUAAAAGUCAUCAAUUUUGCUUUUCAAAAUUGCAAAUAUCUGAGCUUCUGUUUUUAGUAGUCAAAGCAUGUAGCUUACUUUAAUAAUAAAUUCAAAUGUAACAUUGCAAUA